UAAGCAUCACAGAUGGGUGAACACAGACGAUACAGUUCAUAGUGCAUCAUUAAUCCCAGCGAAGCCUCUAGUAAAUAGAUGACUGAGUUAAAUUUCUUUUCAGAAUAACAUCACAUCUCUCAUGUUCCAGGAGAGAUGAACAGAAGGCGUACAUGACUUGAAGCUGAUCCAAAAUGAAACGCUCAACAAAUCCACCAUCUCCAACUGAAACAUGGACCAAGGAAGAUGUCCACAGGUGGCUGAUGACAGAGGUCAAAGUUCAGGAGACUUGUGCUAACAGAUUCUCUGAAGAGGAAGUGUCAGGAGACUCUUUAGUUGACUUUGAAAAGACAGACAUAUUGGACUUGGGAAUUAAACACGGCCCUGCUGUCAAAAUCAUAUCAUACUUAGAAAGUCUGAAAGAAGGAUCACCACGUGAAUCACAGUUCCCAGCAUAUGUAGAAAACUGGACCAAGGAGCAAGUGAGCCAGUGGUUACUGCAGCAUGUGAACAUAUAUAGCAAAUAUGCAGAAAGGCUUCAAGAGGAAGAUGUGUCUGGAGAUUGCCUUGUUUGCUUCAAGAAGCAGGAUCUUCUGGAUCUGGAUGUAAAAAGUGGUCCUGCAGUAAAGAUUCUGGCAGAACUUCGUAAGCUGAACAAGAAGCCAGAGCCAACACUGCAAUCCAUUGUUCACACCAACACGGACCAAAAAGAGGCUCCAAAAACCAUUCAACCUGAGCAGAGUCUGGCUCAGGCCAUAGCAACCAUACAACCAGAAUCAAACAACAAAACUGAAUCAAAAACAGACAGAUCAGUGGAAAAUGAGGCUCAGCAGCCAUUCAGGAAAGCUUCAGAGAAGCAGCCAAAGCCAGAGAAUCUGGGGGCCAGAAGAAAAGAAACUAGUCUGACCACAGUCCUACCAGAUACACCUAAGAUCACUGUGGAGAUCCAGGAAACCCUAGAAAACCUUUCAAAAGAUGACCUAAAAAAGUUUCAAUUUAAUUUAAAAGAAUAUACAACAUCCAAGUAUAAACCUAUUCCUCGGAGUAGAGUGGAGGGCAGGGACACUAUGGACACUGCUCAGUUAAUGACUGACCACUAUGGAAGCAAGGACGCUCUGCAAGUCACAACAGACAUUCUGAUGGAAAUACAGCAGAAUGAGCUUGCUGGUCAACUGAAAAAGAACAUGGGUCAACAGGAGCAGGAGCAGCGGAGUCUUUCGAAAGGAGUUUUGAAGAAAGAAGCUAACCAGGGUGACAAACUAAAGAAUUUGUUAACUUGUGGUGGGAAUUCACUGGAUAACUAUGACCGUUUUGUUGUUGUUAUGAACAAGAGCAGUCCAGAACAAGUGCAGUAUCUCCAGUUUUUGAAUAAGCUGAAACUGUUUUGUGUGUUAGACUUUGACCCCAACUCUAGUUCUCCAGGGGGAGUGUGUCAUUCCUACAGAGAGUCAAGGGUGGCCAAUCUACAUACCCCAUCACAGUAUCAAGGACAGACUGACUCAGUGAUAAAAAAACCUUAACCUCUACAAACAGACCAGCUGGGUCUUCUGCAAUGGCAGACAUGACCUUGACAGCGACUCGAACAAGGAGUUAGACUAUAGGAACUGGCUGAGGAAAUCUUGCAGAGAUGUAGAGCAGUUGGUUUCAUUCAUUUGCAACCCGAACGUUCUUCUCCAUGGAAGAAGUAUCAUCAUAUUCCUCCUACUUUCACCUGUGGACACUGAGAAAGACCCAGUCUUUGACACCUUCAAGUCUUUCAUAAAACACAUGGAAGAGGAAAGCAUCAUCACCAUUUGCGAAUCUCAGAGCACAUAUUUCAAAUGGAGGGAGAUGAUACAAGAAAAGUGUGAUUUUGACAUUGACCACCUAUCCAUAUAUGAACUAACCCUAAGUGAGAUCAAUGGUACUAUAACGGCACUGGGACCAUUCAGCCAGUCAUCUGGAAGGUUGCUUCCCUCUUCUGGAUCCAGCGCUGUUGUCCUGAAACAGAAGGAUGAAGAUUUAAUGACUGCCCUGGAUAUCUUGUGUCUUAAUCAGUGUGAAAAUAUUUACAACGAAAACAGUCCAGAGUUUCAUGACUUCAGAAUCAAAGUUGAGGAAGAAUUCUACAGAGGGGGAAAAGUCAAAUGGUGAAACUUCUACUUCUGUGACAAAGACAAAGAGAAGCCAUUUGUGAAGCGGGACAAGUAUGAAAAUGGGGAAGAAGAUGAUCAGAAGUCAUAUGAGAGAUUUCAGAAACAUGUGUGCUCUGCUCAAUCUGUUUCAUCAGCCAGGCUGUGGUGGUACGACCUUAGCAAUGCAUGUGAUGUGGGAUCUCCGUCAAGAGUUCAGAUGUGCUGUGCUGAAAGACAACACACUGCCAAAGAUGGAGGUUGCCAUUCAAGUCGGAAGGCUCAUGAAACUUGAAAGUGAGAAACCGUCUCCAGUUUUACUGUUAGUUGAUGAUUCAAAAGAAACUGAGAAUCCUCACGAUCUUGUGAACUGCAUACAUAAAGCUGCGGUAGAGGAUAACCCAAACCUAAAUGUGGAUGAUGCCUCAAACUGCAAAGUCAUCAUCCUUAACUGUGUUCGUUCCCAUAGCCCAAAGGAUCAAUACAGAAAGCUCAAUACAACACAAAGUCAAUACAUAGAAGCUUCAUUGACACGAGAAGAACAAGAGGAGUUCGAAAAGAAACUCAAAGAGCUCAAAGAAACUCAUGAAAAACCUGAAAACUUUUACAGUUUCAUGAUCAUGAAGAGUAAUUUUGAUGAAGAAUACAUCAAAAAAAUUGCUCGUAACACACUGGAGAACUUUGAUUUCAGCUCAAAGAAGGCCAAACUGUUUGCCUUUCUGGCCUUACUUAACACCCAUGUAGCAGAAUCUGAGAUCUCUCUCUCACUCUGUGAAGACUUUUUAGGAAUGAAAAUGAUUCACUGGCAAGAGGACAGUGUGUUGGACAGAAUGAAGCCAUAUUCAAACUUUCUCAUCAUAGACACAGUUGAAGAAUUAGGAGGAUACAAAGGAAUCAGAAUCCUUCAUCAAUCCAUAGCAUCUGCAUGUCUGGAAGAGUUGGAGGAAAGGUACAACUUGAAAGUAAGUGAUAUCACUAUGGAGAUUCUUCACUGUGAUCUGUUCUUCAGAGUUGGAGUUGUCAAGGACAGAUUCAUGCUCUCAAUUCAACGAAUGUUGAUUGAAAGGCAGCGCAGGAAAGAUGGAGAUGGGAGAGAACUCUUCUCUCCUCUCAUAGUUGAAAUCCACAACCAGCAAGGGAGACAAACUGUCCAAGAAAUCUUUGUGAAAGCAUCAUCCAGGUUUGUGACAAGUGCAUCUAUUCCUCAGGCACUGGCAAGAUACCUGUACAUCAAUGAGGGUGACUUCCCAGAGGCUCUAAAAUGGGCUGAACAAGCCAAGAACAUUAAAGAAAAUCCAUACACAUAUGACACAAUUGGGCAGAUUCACAAAAGCAAUUUAAAAUUUAACAACCCCAAAGAAAAGCAGGAGACAUCCCGCAAUCCAGAAGAUUUGAAGACAAACAUUAAAAUAGCAGAUAAUGCUAUCGCAGUAUUUAGAAAGGCUCAAGAGCUGGCAAAAACAGAGGAUGAGCUUGAGAAGGAAGCUGCUGAUGAUGAGUCGGAUGACUAUCCCAGAAAGUCAUACAAUGUUUACGGCUAUGUGAAUGUGCUGGAAAUUGUUUUCCUGGUCUUUGAGAUAUUGAGCAGAUUGCCGUUCUUUGAAGAAAGUGAUCCAAUGAAGAAGAAGUACUUGCAGAGUUUUCUGCAAAAAGCAAUCCCGAUCACAAGUGUGUAUAAGGAAGACAAUGAGAUCAACAACAGGUACGUGGAGAUCCUCAGAGAACAUGAACAUUUUCUUCUCAGUUUGAAAACUGAAGCGAAAGAAACCUUUGAAAUUCUUGACUGUUACUUCACAUAUAUAAAAGCAAACAAUUCUGAAUUUGAUUCAAAGAAUCGUUGGACUGUCUGUGGUCUUUUCAAAAAGUAUGUAAAUCUGUUUUGUACUGCACCAGAGGAAAUUAAAAAAGAAAGACAAAACAAUCCUAAUCUCAAUUUGAAAAUUGAUAUUGAAGAACAAAGAUUGUUUCUUGAGAAGAACCAAGCAGAUACAUUCACAGGGAUUCUUCAGCAUUUGGACAAACCUGCUGAAGACAUUGAGAAGAUCACUGAGUGCUAUGCAUUCUUGCAACAACAACAACAAUUUAUCAACAAAAAACAAAAGACAAAGGAAACAGUAAAUUACAUUUUGUCAAACAUAGUUUUUUAUCUUCUGAAACCAAAAUGUAAACAUGUGAAGAGUCACAGUGACCUUUCUGCUCUACUUUUGAAAACUCUGCAAGAUGUAGGACUUAGCUAUCCCUUCCCAGAUCCAUACUACCUGGCUCUGCUGUUAUUCUGGCCAAGUCCUACUCAGAAAAACACAGAAAUUGGGGAAUAUGUGAGAGCAAUCCGAAACUCCUCUCACAAGCGCCUGACUUCAUUGUUCAGAAACAGGAGCACUGUUGCCCACCUCUACUUGGGGAAAGCAGAAGGACUCAAGAGGCUUGUUUCCAAACAACAACUUGAUGAGAAUUUUAAAAAGAUGCAGCGCAACACCUUGGCACAACUUUGGCGGAAUGGAGACAUAUUUAAAGACAAAGCAAUUAUCAAUCGCCUCCAUCGAGUCAGUGGAACCGUUGAGCAAGGAGAGGUGUUUGCCAAUUAUGGAACAAUUAAAAUCCCUGUGCGUCCAGCUCUCAUUGCUGGUAUAAGAAGUGGUUUCAGCACAGAAAAGGUGUCUUUCUACCUUGGUUUUGCCAUUAAUGGACCACUUGCUUAUGAUAUCCAGUAUGAAAACUAGGAGAGUAAAUUAAACAAGUCCAAUACAAGCACUGACAUGUGAACUGUACAGAGUGAAAACUAGGUGUGGCAGCCACUGACUCACUGUGGAAUUUGAAACACCUCAUAAAAACACAAGUGAAUGAUGAAGCAAAUUAAGUCAAAUUGCAGGCAUCAAUCUAGCUGUAUGUGUAUUUUAAUAUAUUUGUAUUUUAAUAGAAUUUCAUCAUUUAGAAACAUUUGUUAUCUACUUUCUGAGAGGUUUUUGCUUUUGUCUCUACAGAGUGACAACAAGGUGUGGCGGCCAGUAACCAUACUAGCCAUAAAACCCCAUGAGCAAAUGAUAAAACAGAUUGCAAUAAUAAAUGGUAAAUCAUGUAGUACUAGCUGUAUGUGUAUGUUUUUAUAUAUUUUUUAAUGUCUUUAAUCUUUUAGAAACAUUUGUUAUCUACUUUCUGAGACGUUUUUGUUUUCUGUUGCAGAUGUGGCACAUUCACCAAGUGUGCAAGUGCAAAUAUAAUACAUAGUUAAGAGUGCAACACAGGCACAUGAGACAUGACAUAAUAACUAAGACAGACUUCAGGGUAAACUAUUGAUCCUGUAGCUCUAGCUGUGUAUGUUUUUAUUUUGUGUAAUUUCAUCUUUUACAAACAUUUGUUUUACACUUUUGUUGUUUUAUUUUUGUUGCCGUUUGUUCACCAGAUUGAGACUGACCAAACUGCCUCAUAGGUAUUUAGCCCUGGAGCUCAUAAAUACCAGUUUACAUUUUAUUAUUUUACUUUUUUGAACAAAUAAGAAUAAAGGUAAAAAGUGGGAUAAUGAUCUGCUGUUGUUGUGUGAGAAAUGUGAUUUAUUGUUGUUGACAUCAAAUUUUUAAUAACUACAAUCUUAUUUCAGUAAUUACUGAACUGAAGUUAAUGGUUUGUAAGCUCUGAGAAUAUGUGUAAUCAUGAAAUAUGUAAUAAAAAAAUGAAAUCUUGUGCA